AUGUCCGAAUCAGUAACCGAAAAUACCAUCCUUGAUCUGAGUGCAGAUUCAGCCGUCAUCCAAGCCUGGCUGGCAUUGAAGAACUCUAAAAAAAUCAAUGGCUGGUACAUUCACCCCAGAAUCGUUUCCUACACCAGUUUUAAACGCAAACGGAACGAGAUUGCAGCAAUCAAACGGAACAGCACUCUCAGUGACGAAUAUCUUGAGCAUCAAAUUGCAGACUUCGAAAGGCCAUGCACCAUCCAAACUGCAUUCACCAAAAUAAUCAAAAAAGGCACUAUCUACUUCAUGUCAGGCCCAAUUCACGAUGCCCAUCAAAUCAGGAGUGAGAAAUUGGACCCGGAUUUUCAUUCAUUUGUCCUCAUUUACUACAAUAACAUCGUCGUUCUUAUGGAUCCAGAAUACAGCAAUGCAGACAGGGUGGAGAAGUUGGACAAGAAUGGCGAAAAAAUCCUGAUGAGGUUUACAAAGAUUGGUGGUGGGCUAGGAGUUGCAAUUCCGUUGAUGAGAAUGAUAAAGAAUAAGUACAAGGUUGAGCAAUGGUGGAUGGGGAAGGGUACAGAUCUGGCUGCAAGUGACGGUACCAAUUGCAAUAACCUCACACAAGAUAUCAUUCUCAAUGUACUCAAAAUCGACGAAAAAAGAGAGGUAGAUUGGGCUGCAUUGGGCUUUGAGGAGCUUACCUGUUAG